AUUGUCAUGAACCAAUCUGCGGAAUUAGCUGUAGUAGGUUGUGAUUCCGAUUACCCAUUCUUCUGUUUUAAGUUACCGAAGAAUAUUGACGCCCAUAAAUGUGGCCCUGAGUAUAUUGACAGUGACUACCAGUUGGAUAACAGAACUAACAGUUGUUACAAGUUCCAUAAAGAAGGCAGGUCGUGGCCAAAUGCCUUCAAGACUUGUAUGGCAGAAGACGCAUAUCUGGCUAUCAUUAACAGCCAAACUGAGUCCAAAGUCCUUAAAGAAUUGUUUAACAAACAUUCCCAUGAUGAUAUACCCGGCAACUUCUAUAAAGAUGCUUCCAGCAUUGGCUUCACUAAGUGGGUGGAAUUUGGAGAUUUUUUUACUAUUCAUGGCGAAUCGCUGGCUGAAGCCGGAUUUUCUACCUUCAAUUCUGGUGAACCUAACAAUGCAGAUCCACCGGAAUUAUGCGGAUCGGUUUUGAGAACUGGCCUGCUUAAUGAUCACAACUGCAAUCGCAUUAUUACUUUUAUCUGUGAAAAAACACCUACGCAAGGCAAUGCAAUGCAACCUGAAUUUUAA